AUGACAGGAACGCUCGAUGGCGGCCUUCAGAAGCCGACCGGCAAGAAAGGAGAUAUUCCAGAAGACAUUGACUGGAGCGAAUCGGAACCCGACGUAACACGAAGAUCCUACAGACAACACCAUCGUCACACAGAACCAGUCGACAACUUCGAAGAUCUUGCCUCACAAUUUGCAUGGGACGGAACUUACGCCGAUCCAGAUAGCUUGAGCCCUCAUCACGAAGCAAGAUUUGCUACCGGCCAGACAGUCCCGUAUAGGCGCGGUCACCUAGAAGGUUUCGCAGACCCUUCACGGCACAGAGGUCCCCCGAACCGAAAACUCCCGCCUCCCGGUCCCAACGAGCCUCAAGGGUUCAGUCAACGGCCUGAAGGCCCAGCAAUGAACUACUACGGAGUUCCUCCUCCUCCUCCACCUCCCCAUCCUGGCGUAUAUCCAAUUCAUGCGCCUCCAAUGCCGUAUUAUACUCCAGUACCUCAUACUGCUGGUUGGAAAAAUCCGAUGGGCGGGCCCCGGCCUAUGGGACCACCACCAUCUACAUAUCCUCCACCGAUCGAGCCUUACGGUUCUUACUAUGUACCGCAUCAAGGACCAGUCCACUCUCAUCCGUACGCCGCCACACCUCGCAGUCAUGCUUAUAAUACCGGCCCUGGCCCACAGACUACUUUCCCCCGUCAACACAAGGAUCAUUACCCACCGUAUCCCGCACCGCAACAGCCAGUCGAGGGAUAUUAUGAGGAAGCAAGCGCGCCCAGAUCCAAGAAGCAGCCUAAGCCAAGACAGGAGAAGCCACACAAACGAACAAGUCGAGAUGAUGACAUAGAAGAGAUGAAGAGAGGAAUGGAAGAUCUGGCGUUCAGGCAACAGCAAGCGGAUGAUGGUCGGAAAGCUCAGGAAAGACGCGAAAGGAAAAAGGCAUCAGAUGCAGCCUUGAUCAGACAGGUGAAAAAGACUGUACGGAAGGAGCUGGAAAACAAUGCCAGUGCUCUGAGAGACAUUGACGUGCGCUCAGAAUUGAGCAGACGACUCCUCCGCUCCGACAUUGGCUCUAGGGGUUUUUCCACGCCUGCUCCGCAGUACGUGGACAGUCGCUGUCAGAUCUUGGAGGCUUUCAAGCUCCUCACAGACCAUCUCAUCGACGAGCUGCAUCAGAAGUUCCUUACUCUGGCGGCAGCCAUCCACCACUACCAAGAGACAGUGAUGCUGCCGCAACUAGCAACCCCUUCAUGCCAAACCAAACGAUCUAUGGUCAACCCCCCUACCAGGGACCCGAUCCACAACAAAGACAAGCCCAGAAAUCCGAAGCCUAUUGGACCGGAACAGUGA